AUGAUUGUGGCCACUUAUGUGGGCGGAGAAGCUAUGAGUCUACAAUCAUGCAAUUUUAGGAAAGUCCUUGAACGAAACGGAAGUCUUGUUGAUGCAGCUAUUGUGACGUUGCUCUGUAACGGUCUGGUCAAUCCGCAGAGCAUGGGUGUCGGCGGUGGAUUCCUAAUGGUCUACUACAAUGCAUCAGAAAGGAGAGCAUACGCCCUGGAUGCUCGCGAGACAGCUCCCUCUGGCGCGUCAGCAAGCAUGUUCGAUGGCAGAGAUCCCAUUGAGUGGACAUUCGGUAAGCUGCACGCUGCGUUGCAUUCUUAUUCAAAGAUUCAUUCAUUGACUUGGUGGCGAGACGUUGGAUACUACCCGCCCGUGUUUUCGUUCAUUGUAAAGGCUAAUUUGCAUCCAAACCAACGCUUUAAUGCAGGACCUUUGUCGAUUGCUGUGCCAAGCGAACUGAGGGGUUACUAUGCGGCUUGGAAGAAGUUUGGCCGAAUGCGUUGGACUGACUUAUUCCAAGACGCCAUAAAAAUGUGUCGUGAAGGCACACCAAUUACUCCCCUUGUCGAUCGAAUGCUUUCAAUGUAUGGGGACAAAUUUCCUGUGGGUUCGAGGAUUUGGAAACUCUUUUACAACAAGACGGAAGGGAGGUUAAAGAAACAAGGCGAGCUACUCAUUCGGCCUGAAUUAGGGAGAUUUUUGGAGAGAGUAGCGGCCAACCCGAAGGGUGUGCUGAACGGUGAGCUGGUAGCGGAGGUGAGGGCGGAUCUGGCUGAGGUGAGGUCCAUAAUAAGCCUGCAGGAUUUGAUCGACUAUGAGCCGCUGUGGCGUAUGCCGCUCGAGAUACCACUGCGAGAUCGCCAUGUUAAAGGCCCCAGUCUCCGUCUGCUCACCACCCCACCACCUUCCAGCGGCGUUCUCAUUGGCCUCGCACUCAAUGCACUGGCCAGUUACAAUUACACGAGCAAGGAGAACCUGCAUGAUGGCGAUGGACUCCUCUACUACCAUAGACUCACAGAAGUUUUCAAACUCAUCUUUGCCAAACGUCCAUUCCUCACAGACGAGUGCUGUAUGAAUGCUGCAGAAGAGAAGUUUUUGAGAAGACUGAUGACCUUGUUGGGGGCGGACGAAAUCGCGGCCAGCAUAACAGACACCGGAACCCACAAUUUGAGUUUCUACGGCUCCAUGUUCUCCUCUAUGACUGACAUUGGAACGUCCCAUGUGAGCAUGGUAGGACCGGAGGGCGACGGUCUGUCCGUCACUUCUACCAUUAACACUGCUUUUGGUUCGGGCAUUGUGGGUUCGCGGACAGGCAUUCUCUUCAAUAACGAAAUGCAUGACUUUUCGAUUACGGGGGCAACAAAUGUCUUCGGUCUGCCAUCCAGUCCAGCUCAUCUAAUUCGACCUGGAGGGCGACCUUUCUCAUCUAUGGCGCCCGUCAUCGUCACCGAUGCAGUCAACGGUACGCUUCGACUCGUAAUCGGUGCUUCCGGUGGGACCCAAAUAAUUACUGCCAUCGUUCAGGUGCUAGUCCAGCAAAUCGCUACUUACGCAGUCCUUUAUCUGGGUAUGAAUGUGAAGGCUGCCACCGACUUCAUUCGAGUACACCAUCAGCUCAUCCCAGAGACACUGCGUUACGAGAAAAACCUGCCUCCAUUCAUUUUACAGGGUCUCAAGGAUUUGGGGCACAAAAUAUCUGAAAAGGGUCUGGCGUCUGCUGUUCAAGGGAUCGAAGUGACCGACGCUCCUUGCCAAGGUCACUACAAGAGCUGGUGUCUGCUGGCGAAUGCUGACUAUCGCAAAGGAGGUGACCACGACGGCUUCUGA